AUGAAAUUUUCAUAUUCUUUCUUGGCAGUAAUCUUAUUUGAUUUCAGUAUUUUGAAUUUAUUAAUAGAUUAGGGAAACUUAUUAUUUAUAGUAAUGAGUUUAAAUAAAGAGAAUAUAGAAAAAUAUUAAACAAUAAAAAAUCAUCCUGCAUUUGAAAAAUUAAAUUACGAAAUAGUUAAAAGCAUAUCUGAAUCACUCUUUGUUAUAGAUUACAGAAAGUAUGGAAUUGUCUUACGAGAAAAUAUGGAUAAAUAAUCAUUCAUGUACCUAGUUAGAAGUGGAGAAUUCAAAAUGACAAAAAAGAAGUAAUACGAAUAAAAAUAAAUAAGAAAACUAAAUAUUGAAAUCUGCAUACUCAUCAAGGGAGAUUCAUUUGGAAUUGAACAUUUUAAGGAUGAUGUUCAAUCGCAUUACAGCUAUACAGUUUCAUGUUGCUCUAUUCAAGGUUCCUUGUUUGCUUUAGAUCUAUCUUAGUUGAGAUUCAUUCUCUUUCAUCAUAAUUAUUUUUGUUCUCUAAGUCAACUAUUCAAGUAUCCAAUCCAAAUUAUGAAAAACUAAAUAUAUCUUUUAAGAGAACAGCAAACCUUGUAAUAAGAAAAAAAAGAAACUAUAAGAGAUGAGUCUUAAAUUCUACCAAGAAAAAACUCAACUAGACUCAGAUCCAUUAGUUCGUAACUUACGUAUGCCGAUAAAGUUGGUUUCAUCAUCCAAGGGCAAAACUCCUAUUUAAAUAAUAAAUUCAUUAUUAACCAAACUAUAGAUGAGGAUAAGUACAUGCAUGAAUCAAUAAUGUAGAAUAUACGAGCAAUGAAAUCUAACCUUUAGGAAUCAAACAAAAAUAUUAGUAAAAGUAUCAAUGCAGUAAGUACAGCAGAAGAAAGACUCUAAUUUAUUAAGAAUGAUGAUUAUAGAUCCAAGAUGAAAAUCAUGAAUGUAUUAGGUUAUAAAUCAAAGUCGAAAAAAUUAACUAAUUAUAGUAGAUUUUUGCACUUUAAAUCAUUGCCAUCUAAUGGAUGA